CACACUUUUGCACACUGUUUGCUUAAUCUAAGAAGAAGAAAAAGAAGAAGGAAAAAACAACAUAGGCAGAUAGUCGCACAACAGAUGGUUGUCCCGGUCACAGCGAACAGUAAUGGGUGGGUCCAGAGUUUGUGUGAAGACGGUGGUCUGUCUUCAUUAGCGGUUCCGUAUGGCGUGGCCGGUCCAGUUUCUCUUCCGGGGCCUUCGCACUCUCGGAUUGGUUCUCCUCUACUAUGUCUUCUCCAUGGGCAUCACCUUCUAUAACAAAUGGCUGAUGAAAGGCUUCCACUAUCCCUUGUUCAUGACGCUGGUUCAUCUUGGCGUCAAUUUCUGUCUGUCAGCUCUGACGCGGCGGGCGAUGCAGUGCUGGACAGGGAAACCUCGCAUCAUUCUGACCUGGCCAGACUACCUCCGUAAAGUGGCUCCAACAGCCUUGGCAACAACACUGGAUAUAGGGCUUUCCAACUGGAGCUUCCUCUUCAUCACCAUCAGUUUGUACACCAUGACCAAGUCCUCAGCAGUGCUGUUCAUUCUCUUUUUCUCCCUUGUGUUCAAACUAGAGGAGCCGAAUCCCCUCCUGAUCCUUGUGGUCCUGCUGAUCUCCAGCGGACUCUUUUUGUUUACAUUUGAAUCGACUCAGUUCAACAUGGAGGGCUUCAUCAUGGUGCUGUUGGCCUCCUUCAUCGGGGGAAUCCGCUGGACCCUCACUCAGGUCCUCAUGCAGAAAGCGGAGCUGGGUCUUCAGAAUCCCAUCGAUACCAUGUACCACCUCCAGCCUCUCAUGUUUCUUGGACUUUUCCCCCUUUUUCUCUACAAUGAAGCGCUGAGCCUGAGUUCUUCAGAGAAGUUGUUCCGGGUGACAGAGCUCUCUCCACUCCUCUAUUCCCUCAUGACGCUGAGCGUAGGCGGCAUGCUGGCCUUCGGGUUGGGCUUUUCUGAGUUUCUCCUGGUCUCCAAAACGUCCAGCCUCACAUUGUCCAUAUCAGGAAUCUUCAAGGAGAUAUGUAUGCUGCUUUUGGCAGCAUCUCUGAUGGGAGACAAAAUGAGCAAACUGAACUGGUUGGGGUUCGCAGUGUGUCUCUGUGGGAUUUCUUUACACGUGGGACUCAAAACAUACUAUUCCAAAAAUAAGACUCCUUCUGUUCGACAGCUCAGCAGUAAAAGUUCAGAGCUUCAGCUGCCAUUACUUCGGCAGAACGGAGAUAAAUGUGAGGAUUCAGCCGCUGACGACUGUAACGAUGAAGAGGAGGAGCAAGAAAUCUCACUACAUUGACAAAACCCCACUUGGACUCAGAUCAUUCCUUAACUUUUAGAAAAGCUCUUCCAGCUUCUUUGUUUCAGUUUUCUUCUAUCUGAAGGGCUUCAGUAUGACUUUUUUUUUGUAGUUGUUGCUUCCUUGGCUAUACAUUUCUCUCUGGACUUAAAAAGAAACAAAAAAAAAUAUUUUGAUAUUUAAUUGUUGCAAAUACAGUCAAAUAUUAUGAAUUUACAAUGUCUGACAGGUGAGGAAACAGUGUCAUAUCUUUACAGCAAUGUUCUGAUGCAUCAAAUGGUGGCACUUAUUUUUUUUCUUUUCCAUCAGCCAAAUCCGAGAUAUCUUCGAUGUUAUUCUGAUAGUUACUGGAGAAUAAUUUUGGACAAAAAAAAAGCAAGUAACAUAAAUCUACCAAUUCUGAAAAAUAUUUCUAUUAAUUCUGGAAGAUACCAGUUUGUGGUUUCAAUAUUCACAUAUUUUUUUGGUCUAUAAUGGAGAAUAUGAAAAAAUAAUAAUUACAGGUUCUUUGAAGUGAGAUAUUUGAAUCCAUCAGAAAAUGACUAAGUUACAUAAUCAUCUCUACUUUAUGUGUUGUACCAUAAAGUUGUCAACCUUUUUCAGAUUAAUAGGGUUAAGAAGAUCCUGUGUGUGUAUUCCUGAGAGCAUUCUUUAAAAGAAGAGUGCUCACAUUUUUUUAGUUCUGAUGUACUUUAUGGAUGGGAGGAAAAAUAAUUUUUUAUUAUUCCACUUGAUAAUUAAGAGAAAGUUAGCCAUUUCACAUCUCUGGACAUUGAUUGUUGCAUCAAUUUUAAUGCUUCCAUAGGGCUUGACAUUAAGCAGCCAUCAGAUGUUGUAGACCUAAAUUUAAUGUCAUUGUGUUUAUCAUGAUACCGGAUACAGGUUAAAUGAUCAUUGACCAAUAUUUAAAACGCUCUGCCUGUAAAUUUAAAGCUUGGUUCAAUGUUGGGUGGGUUACUAACAUUUUCCAGGCUUUUACUUGUAUUUCAAAGCUAUGUGCCUUAUGAGCUAUUUAUGCUAAUGAAUAUGUCGAUAAUUUGCAUAGCUAUUUAUUAAAGGAUUUUGAUGUGUAUAAUUUUCAGUAAAAGGAUACUAAUGAAAAGGGUGUAAAGUGUAAUUUUAUUAAAAUUUUUAAUAAAUU